GACAGGCUAACCUUGAAGGUCAUGAAGCUUAUAUUGCUUCGUCUCGAGUAUCAGACGCGCCUCAAUUGAUUGGCACACGCGAAAUGUAGCGCGGCGACGGUGCGAACGGAACAACGUUUUAAUGCCGCCGUUACCAGGCUGAACUAACGUUUCACACCGACGAUUGCUCUGUAGAUUUACCAUCGGCGGCUGCGACCGUGCGCGAGGUGGAGUUCCGCCUGGGACCCACCCCAGACGGCGCGCCGGAGGUGGAAUUCCACGUGGAGCCCGCUGCCAAGGGCCAGGGAUCCUCGGUCACGGUGAGCGUGACCACGACGUCGCCAGCAGAGCCCGAGGCCGGCCCGAGCCGCGGUCAGGACCUGACCUUCAGCGACCUGAAGACGGCCAACCGCGUCAUGGACUGCGUGCUGGCUGAGUUCCGCGCGCGGCCCGUGGUCCACGCGCGCUUGGGAAAUGUGCCGCUGCCGGACUUCACCGCGGGCGAGGCUCGAGUCUACUCGCCGCGCUUCUGGGACCUGAACGCCGUGUUUCGCGAGGGGGACGCCUACAUGCGUGCCAGCCCGUACACGUCGGGACAGCUGCCAGUUGAAGUACGGCUACGCUCGCGAGUUGCCUGUCGGGAAGUCAAGUUUCAGUGCGACUUCGCCUAUUCUUACUUCCGCGGACAGGUGGCACUGAGUUUCGAGCGAGUACUCAUAGGCGUCCUGCUGGUGCUCAGAGGGGGCUUCCCCGACGUCAAGUCACUGCAGGUAGAGAACAUCGGCGACUUUGACGUGUCGUCUUUGAUAGGCGUGCCGACAGUACUCAAGUGGCUGGCCACCAAGGUCAUCAAGAAAGUCAUUCGCGACAACAGCCAGGUGAUCGCCAGGCUAGCGUCAAACGAGGUCAAAGACGUGCUUCAGGAAGCGAUCGGCGACCAAGACCUGACAUCUGUGCUGAAGGACGCACUGGCAGCGCCAGACGCCAAGCAACAGUCCAGCGACCAGCCACAGAGUAGCGCCUGACCACACAGACCGCCUGGGGGUUGCGCGAGGGACAUGGAUGCCAUUUGUGAACUCUACUCUAUGCAUGGGAGGCUCGUGCAGGCCACCAUGACGCACGAGGAAUAAAUUACACCGGGGCCGCAGCUUAA